AUGAGCUACUUUGUACCGACCCGAUUUGUAUGGCGCUUCGGAGGACGUCAGGUCCACCUAUGCGGCUCGUUUACGCGCUGGGUCGAAACAGUUCCAAUGGCUCCUGUGGACGGUACUCCUGGGGUGUUCGCCGUAGUUGUUCACCUGCCUCCCGGGUACCACCAGUAUAAGUUCAUUGUAGACGGCAAGUGGCGGCACGACGAGACUGCCCCGUUUAUGCCAGACCCCUUAGGAAACGUCAACAACUGGCUCUUUGUUCGGAGAAUAGAUCCUACCCCGACACCUGUAGCAACCAGCUCAAGCGGUAGCAGCCGCACAGGCGGCCCAAACCCUGCAGCAACUUCACACCAUUCCAACGGGCGCAUCGCCCGCAGCUGUGGCGAGUACACCCGCAAGAAGAUCUCGGACUUUCUCCACGCGCACACGGCUUACGAGCUCAUACCCGAGAGCGGGAAAGUGGUGGUCCUGGAUUUGGACCUGCCUGUACGACAGGCAUUUCAUGCGCUGCAUGAGCAGGGCACUGCUUCCGCGCCCUUGUGGGACGCGGUCGACCGCUGCAUCCCUGGAGUCAUCUCCGCCUCCGACUUCAUCUCCAUACUCCGCCGCCUGCGGCACUCGGUGUCGUCGGGCGCCAACCCCAUGUCGGAGGCGGAGAUGGAUGCGCACACCAUUCGGGGGCUGCGGGAGGAGGCGGCGGCGGAGGGCCGCGAGCCCAAGCGCCUGGUGUAUGUGUUGCCUGAUGAGGACCUUGCCAAGGUGGUGGCGAGGCUGGCGGCCAACAAGUGUUCCAUGGCGCCCGUGCUGAGCGGCGACCCGGGGGGCGCCGAGCCUCCUCACGUGCUCCACCUGGCCACUCUGAGCGGUGUGUUGGCGUGUCUGAUGCGGCACUUCCGCGCCUCCCUAGCCUCUCUGCCGCUGCUCAGCCAGCCGCUGGGCUCCCUGCCGCUGGGCACCUGGAGCCCGGAUGCCGCGCCCCUCCACACGGUUACGGCGUCCACCUCUCUGACCACCGCCCUGGCGCUGCUGCUGGAGGCGGGGGUGUCCGCGCUGCCGGUCGUGGAUGAGAAGCGGUGUCUGGUGGACGUGUAUGCGAGGAGCCAGAUCACCGACCUGUGCAAGGGGGGCGCGUACAACAGGCUCCAGUGGGAGGACGUGACGGUGGCCGCUUCCAACUCCGCCGCCACCGGCGGUUCCCUCUCUUCGCAGCUGGGCGCUCGUGUGUGGGUUGUGACCAAGGACGACACGCUGCGGACGGUGGUUGAGAGGUUGGCGGUGCCGGGGGUUAGGCGGUUGGUGGUUGUGCAUCCGGAGACGAGGCGAGUGGAGGGGAUCAUCUCCUUGUCGGAUGUGGCGCAGUACCUCUUCUUGUAG